AUUGAACAGACCUACAACACUCACAUUCAUUAUUGUCCUGUACUCAGCAAUUAUUUGCCAUAUUAUCGAGUGUCAUUGUAGAAUUAAUAUACGAUAUUUAAUGCCUAUGCAACAGCAAUAGUAAUAACAAUAUUACUACCGUUGACAAGUUGUAAUAUAAAGAUAUCUUUGGGUAUUAGAAAUGAUGCUGCUAAGUUAGGUUAGGUUACAUUACACUAGGUUAGGGUUGGAUGAAGCCAAGCGGGAUCAGAUACGAGCAGAUUGGUGACAAAGGAGCGUUAAUUAAGUCUCAGCUGUACCUGUCAAUAAUGGGGCGUCCACAGAAAGAAACCGAGAAAGAUACUGAUCACGCGAUCGCAGGAGCUGUUAGUGGAUUAUUAACCAGAUUCAUCUGUCAACCUCUUGAUGUUAUAAAGAUCAGGUUUCAAUUACAAGUUGAGCCAAUUUCGACACACUAUAAUGGUAAAUAUAAAUCUAUCUUUCAAGCUUUUUGGCUAAUAUUGAGAGAAGAGAGAGUGGCUGCUCUAUGGAAAGGACACAUACCUGCACAAUUACUUUCGAUUGUUUAUGGAAUGACUCAGUUUUAUUCAUACAAUAUAUUGAUGAAAAUGCUGGAAAUGUCGGAAACUGAUAAGUGGAAAUAUUCAUGGAAUUUUAUUGCUGGUGGUAGCGCUGGAAGUGUGGCGACGAUCGUCUCAUUUCCUUUUGACACUUUGAGAACCAGAUUAGUAGCUCAAUCGAGUAAUCAUCGAGUAUAUGAUGGAGUAUUACAUUCCUGUCGUUCGAUUCUCAGACAAGAAUCACCUAGAGUCUUUUUUUACGGGUUAUCACCGACCUUAUUGCAAAUCGCUCCACACACUGGUCUGCAAUUCAUGUUCUACAGUAUCUUCACAGAUCUAUAUAAAAAAUAUUAUACUAAUGCUAAGACAGAUGUCUACAACUCCAUAGUAUCUGGCGGCGCUGCCGGAUUAAUAGCAAAAACAGUAGUGUAUCCAUUUGAUCUUGCUAAAAAAAGAUUACAGAUCCAAGGUUUCCAGCACGGUCGUAAAGGAUUCGGUCGGUUUUUCCAGUGCAACGGAUUACUAAAUUGCUUGAUAGUGACCAUAAAAAAAGAGGGGUUGCUAGGUAUGUUCAAAGGUUUAGUACCGAGUCAAGUGAAAGCAGCCAUAGUUACGGCUUUGUAUUUUACGUCGUACGAACAAGCUUUAUUGUUAUUAAGAUGAUGUAACGUAGCAGUGGCAGUUUCAAUGUAAUUGUGAUUUGUACUGAUAUUUACGUAUACGUGCACAAUCGAGCAUACAUUUUUAUUGUUACGAUUUGUUAACGAGUGAAAGAGGAUUAUUACUUUUCGGUAAAUUAUGAAAGACU